AUGCAAGAACCUUCAAACCUUAUCUAUUUCCCAGGAUCUCCGAUUUUGAGCCCUCAAAAACUAAUCAAAACUGAUAAUAGGAAUUUUCCUAACCUCCUCUGUAGUAAAGCAAAAUAAUUUUUUAUAUAGCCCGAGCCUCCUUUUGGCUCGGGCCAUUUCCACUACCAUUUAGAGAGCUGAUUCUCUUAAAUUUAAACACAACUUUAUAUUAAAUGAGUCUUUAUUUUCGUAUUCAAAACAAAAUUUUAAUAUAAAAAAUACUCUCAGGAGCAAGCUAAAGCUUUAGGAAGACUAAGAAAAACCAGCCCUUAUCAACUUAUCCCCCAAAUAAUAUUGAACACAUAAGCACUGUAUUACAAAAUUUUUUUAAAUCGCAUGACAUAAAAUUCACUCCUACAGAUAAAAAAAUUAAAAUUCUACCUGCUUUCAUUAAUCAAAGCUCUGCAUCACAUUUAUUUUUGAUUUUCAAAGAUAAUUCAAUCCAUGUCUUUGUCACAAUCACUCCAAGCUUCAUAUACAUUUCAAUAAAAUCGACGAUGAUAAAGCUAAAUUCACUUAUUAACACAAUCAGUCCUCAGAUAAACCAAAUCAAUUCAUCAUUUCUUAAAUUCAGCCUUCAUUAUGCACCUCCAACCUUACUCCUCCCUUUUGCUUGAAACAAAAAAAACUGUAUCCAUUUGAAGGAGAGCUAUUUUUAUAAAAAAAUUAUGUGAAAAAUUAAUCCGAAUUUUUCAAAAUAAUAAUUUAUAAAAUUAUAUUUUAAUCACAAUCCACAUAUGAAAUCGAGGAAGGUAUUGGUAAUUUUUUUAUUUUUAGCGACAUUAUAUUGGAUAUAGCUAUUUCUAUAAAAUUUAUGACUUUUUCCUUUAAAAGUUAUAAUCUCUUGCAUAUAUUUUAAUAGCUCUCAAGAGUGAAUGAUUUUUAAAAUGCCAAAAAAAAUUUUUAAAAUUAAUUUACCAUAGAUAAGCAAAAUAAAAUUUUACCAAUAUUAUCACCUGAGGAGUUAGAAUCAGAUCAUCCUUCAAAGUCCUAUGAAAAUUGGAAUAUUUUAUUAGUUUCUCGUUUUAUGCAUUUUUAUUAUUAUUACGAUAUAGAGGUUAUAAAAUACUGCUGAAAAACAAUAAAAGAAGGAGUUGAUAUUUUAUAUGAAAAUAUACAGAUUUUAAAAAAUAUAAACAAGCCACUACUUUUUAGAAAUUUCUGAGAUCAGAAUAAAAUCAAGCAAAAAGAAGCCCAUGAGAUACUCAAAAAAGGGGUUUCAAUGCUUGAAUUUAAAAAUAUUAAAGAAAAUAAAAGAGAUGGAUUUGUGUUUCUUAUCAGUGUUUGCGAUGAUCAUGGUGGCUUAGAAGCAUGAUCAACUUUUCCUUUAAUUUUUGAAACUAAAGCAGAAAUAAUUGAAGCAAGGUUAUUUUUUGCAAUAAACCAGCGUAUCGUCACAUUCUUAAGUACCGAUUAUAAAGCAAUAAUAGAGUUUCUUUCGCUGACAAAUUCAUAUAUAAAUUUUGGGACUUUUGUUUGGGAUUCAAGAAAAAAUCAGGUAUUUCUAAAAAUGACAUUUUAUUAUGCUGGGUAUUCAAAAGAAAAUUUACUGAAUUUACCGAAAGAAAUAUUUAGCAAUAUCAGCACUUAUAAAAAAUAUGCAAAAGGUUUAAAUCAAAUUUAUAGUAAAGGAAAUCCUGCAAGCCCUAUAGAAAUUUUUUAUUAUUGCCAAGGAGGCUCAUCAACAAAUCAGCUUGAUGAAGAUUCCAAUUUGUUUAAAAGUCCUGAUGAAAUAAAAACUCAUAAAACAAUUGUUUUACAAUUAAAACGGAAAAAUUAUUAUAAAGAAAAAAAAAUUUUUGCAAUAAUUUCUUCGAGAGAGUAUCUUAAAGAAAUUUUUCAGGCUGAUCAUGUGAUUUUUUUGGACGAAAAUCAAGAAAUAAAAUAUGAAUUUAUCGAAGGUAAAGAUUUACCUAGAGCUAUACCUCAUAUAAAAUUACCAGAUAUUUUUGAGGAAUUUGCAAAUGAAAUGCAUAAAGCAAGCCUUACUUUUCAAAAAAGUCCUUUGGAAUUUUUAACAGUCAUUGAGAGAAAGUUAAAAUUUUGCUAUAAAGGUGCUUCACUACAGACAAUAGUGCAAAGAGACAAAAACAAAACUGAUUAUUAUGAUUUUAUGAAAACCUGCUUUGAUUAUUUAGAGAUUUAUUUGUGUAAAAUACUUAUUCCAUCCUUUAAAAUUCUGUUGCAAUUUAAAGAGGUUUCAUUUUGUUUUUGAAUUUGAAUUAUACGAUUCAGUGUGAAAACUUUUUAAAUAAUAUUCUAAUUGCUAUUUUCCAUUAAUUAGGCUAAACAAAUUUUAAAUAAAAAUUAGUAUUUUCACAUAAAAAUUUUCCUAUUAAAAAAACAUUUGUUUAAAUUUAAUGGGUCCCCAAAAAUAAAAAUUUCUACCUAUAUUUUGUACCAAUUUAAAGAGGGAGGAGUUAAUAAGAAGUAA